GACCAAAAAGGAGAACUCUUAGUUGGUCUACCUGGAUCUCUAACAAUUAUCUAUCCCUGCUUUCCUGUCAAGUACAUUGUUUGCUUCUCCUUUCAGCGUCUUUAUCUUAUGAUUCUGUCCUCUGGCGAAAUGCAAUCCUUAUAUUGGCCAAGCAUUUCUCCACGAAAUUCCAGCAAGCACACCUUCGAAAAUACUCACAGCAAAAACGAAUCCCACGAAAAGGGCCUAGAUGAUAUGUUAAGAGUUGCGAAGAAAACGCUCCGUCCACAAGGAUCAUUCAAUGCUGAAUUCUGGGCCGAGACUGCCGAAUUCAACAACAUUAUGAUCCAAAGAGCCGAAACAGAAAGAAAUAUCUCCUUGCAAGACUUCAAAGGGCCUAGAUCCGAAUGGGAGACAACCGAAGAAGCGAAGUCUAUUUUGGAAAGGAUAAAGGCGUAUAAGGUACAGCGACGAAUCUGCGAUCAGCGAUCUGAAAAAGUUGGAGAGAAAGGGAGCCACUCUCUCCGAGCGAGCUUUGUGAAGCUCUUUACAACAAGCCAGAUGGGGCUAGAGAUCAAAGAUACAGGCGCUGGAAAAAGAGAUGGCAAGCUUCAGAUCCAAGUCCGAAAAGCCACGAUCGAUGCAUAUGGGAGUAGACAUCCUACUGAGGAGGACCUCCUUUGGUGCCCAAUCCUGGAAAGAUGGACACCAGAAAGUGAGAUGACUGCCGCACCUCUCUUUGCAUGGAUGCACGGGCAGGAUACUAUGGAUGCUAUCUUUGGGACUACUGACACCCCUGAACUCUUCUCGCCGAAGAACGGCCUCAUGAUAUCGACGUGCAUUGAGAAAUAUUUCGAUUCUGGAAAGAUUGUCCUUGUUCCAGACAUUCCAGAACACGCUAGCAUUAUCGAUAUUAAAGGCUGGGUCAAAAGAGACCCUCGUCAAUACAAAAUUCGGAUCCUUGACCCCAAUUGGAAGAAAUUGGAUAAGCUCAUCCAUCCGUGGAUAGGGCUGAAAUGGUCAGCUCUCCAAGACAGGAGGCUAGUCUUUAAAACUCAAUUCAGGCCAAGGGCGAGAUACGUAUACUUCCAUUAUUGUGUGCAGGUUCUCCGCCACAUAUGGCAGCAAGAGACUCCUGACGCCAUUGGGGUAUUAACUGACGAAGAAGGGAAGCCCUUCUGGGCAACGCCGUCAAAAUACAUGAGCAAAAACAUGCUCCGAGCCUUUGUGGAAGAACUUGGACAUGAAUAUGAGGGGCUCAUUGACUGUGGACCAUCUUUGCCUUGGGAUAGAGGAGAUCCAAAUCUCCUUCUGGAGCUUGCAUCAAAACAGGUCACUGCGGGGGAAGAUAAUCGGGGCGAGAAUUAUGAAUAUACGGAUGACGACGAGAGCGAUGAGGAUACAGAGGAGCACCAUUGACUAUGAGAUGGUUCCUUUCUUUCCAUGAUUCUAUAAUUGUUGCAUUUUCAAUAGCCCAUGUCACACCGAAUACAGCAGAGCAGCUUUGAGCUUGGGGAGUCCUCGGAACAGUGUGUGAGCUAGAAAAGAACCGUUUCUCCCACAUCUACCGAUUCAAUGCAUCGGGUAACAGAUUUGGAGAUUCAACGCUGUACUCCGUAAAGGGUGAUUUAGACCGAAUGAGGACCUCGAUGGCUCGGUUUUAAUUACUUCUGAUAGCCAGCCCUGCCAAGAACCUGCGCCAGGAAAGUUGACCUGUUAGGCAAACUAGCAAUUUUGACGGCUUGGCACAAGCAACUAAAGCAGCCUUAUGAGGCGCCGUUUGGCAAGAUCUUCGCAGUUCUCUUGCUUC